UCCGGCAAAUUCGCACGCCCUCGAUUGAUCUCUGUCUCCGUCGUUCAAUUCCUGUUUCGUCUUGUUCACGUUUGCUCGAAUUGCUUCUAGGGUUCUUCUGGAUUUAGGGUUUGGUCGAGUGCUAGGAGGAUGACGCAGAACGGGAAAUUGAUGCCCAAUCUCGACCAAAACAGCACCAAGGUCCACAACCUUACAGUACUCCAGCGGAUCGACUCUUUCGUGGAGGAGAUCCUCAUGACCGCUGCCCAUGUCACCGUCUACGAGUUCAACAUCGAGCUUAACCAGUGGAACCGUAAAGACGUCGAAGGAUCCCUAUUCGUUGUCAAGAGGAAUGCACAACCCAGGUUUCAGUUCAUCGUGAUGAAUAGGCGUAAUACAGCAGAUAAUCUAGUUGAGAAUCUUUUGGGAGAUUUUGAGUACGAAGUUCAGGUUCCAUAUCUUUUAUACCGAAAUGCAGCUCAAGAGGUCAAUGGCAUAUGGUUUUAUAAUUCACCUGAUUGUGAAGCAGUGGCAAAUCUUUUUGCCAGGAUACUAAAUGCUUAUUCUAAAGUACCUUCAAAGCCUAAGGUGACUUCUAAAAGUGACUUUGAGGAGCUUGAAGCUAUACCUACAUCAGUCAUGGAAGGUUCUCAUGAGCCGACAUCAGUUGCUAUGUCAACUCCUGAUGUUCCUGAGGACGCAUUUGUGAACUUCUUCAGUAAUGCCGUGAACAUUGGAAUUGCAACAAAUGCAGCAAUCCAUGGCCAGCCAACUCUUGCUUCUGCACCGGUUCCUGUAACUACUCAGGCAUCAAGCUUCAAUCCAUCUAUUUUGCCAACUGUUCAGUCAAUUUCUAUUCCUUCAACGUCAUCCACUCCUCUAAUGUCAACUUUGGAUAAUCUUGAAUCUGGAAAUGGAAGCAGCAGCCAUGCGACAAAUCUGGUUAAGCCUUCAUACUUUUCGCCUCCUGCUGCACUGCUAAUGCCUCUAGUGCCAUCUUCUGUUCCAGUUGCUGUUCCUUCCCUCCAUCCUCCAGUAACAAUGCAGCAACCAUAUGGAACUCCCCUUCUUCAACCCUUUCCACCACCGUCUCCAUCUGCAUCUCUUGCUCCUCCUCAAAAUUUCGAACCAGUUAUCUCAAGAGACAAAGUCCGUGAUGCACUAUUGAGGAUUGUUCAGAAUGAUGAUUUCGUUGACCUUGUAUAUCAGGAGAUCCUAAAUGCUCAUUAUUCGUGACAAAUAAGGCUGGAAAAUCAUAUUGAGCUCCAUCCAUAUCGUUGCUAAUUGUGCAGCUUUUCUUGAACUACUGUAAAAUAAAAAGUGCCAAUCAAAGAGAAGUAGCUUUUGUCUAUAUAUCAUCAGUCGGGUUGUAUGCGAAUGGGAAUUUGUUUUGUUUUUUUUAAAACUUUUGUUUUACUAUCAUUGAUAUUUUGGAGGAAUUAAUUAAACGUGUUCUUUGGUUGAAAUUA